AUGGCCACUGAUAGCGUCAUCUCACUUCUGUCCUCUCUGAUGCAAACCAAGAGUACAAGUGAACACGAACAAGAAAUCGCCUACUUCUUAGACGACCACCUCACCAACCUCGGCUAUACCGUUGAACGCCUUCCGAUCGCCGAAGGCUCAACCAGGGAAAAUGUAUAUGCCUAUCUAGGUACCCAGCGAAAGACCCGAGUAUGUCUCACAUCCCACCUGGACACCGUCCCGCCCUAUAUCCCGCUACGGAUUGAGGGAUCUACAAUCUAUGGGCGGGGCGCAUGCGACGAUAAAGGGCCCAUGGCUGCGCAGAUCUGCGCUCUAGAAGAGCUGAGGGCAGAAGGAGCGGUCAACGAAGGCGACGUAGGGCUAUUAUUUGUAGUCGGGGAAGAAAAAGGUGGACCCGGCAUGAUAGCAGCGAAUACCCAGAACCUCAGCUUCGAGAGCGUCAUAUUCGGGGAGCCGACCGAGGGGAAAUUAGUCAUCGGACACAAGGGGCAUUUGGUGUUUGAAUUGAUUGGGGAGGGCAAGGCCUGUCACUCUGGAUAUCCUCAGCAUGGGGUGAAUGCUAAUAUUGCACUUAUCGAAACGCUGAAUGACUUGGUGAAAACGCAAUUUCCGGGUUCAUCGCUGCUUGGGCCAUCGACUUUUAAUAUUGGGACAAUUGAGGGUGGUGUGAGUUAUAAUAUCGUGCCGGAGACCAGUAAAGCGCUUUGUGCUGUCCGAGUUGCGACGGAUAUGGCCGGGAUCAAACAGAUCGUCUCGGAUACUGUUGCCCGACAUUCUAAUGUGCGACUCGAGUUCAAGUUUGAGUAUCCCGAAACCUUGCUUGAUCAUGAUGUUGAAGGAUUCGAAACUGCCCCUGUUUCGUAUGGGACUGAUGUUCCACGAUUCAAGGGAAAUCAUAAGAAGUACCUAUAUGGGCCAGGAUCUAUCCUGGUAGCGCACGGAGACAAUGAACAGAUCGAGAUUGAUGAGCUGGUGGAGGGGGUUCGGGCAUAUAAAAAGUUGACGAUGCACGCGUUAGAUUCUGCUCGGUAG